CAGUGUGCUGCCCGGGCGUUCAAUACGAACGGGGAUGCUGGUCUGGAGCUGUCCAGUCCCAUCAUGGUGGUCAGCAGGGAGGAAGGUCUGUGUCAACCACGCAUCUCUGGCACGGUGGGAGCUGAGCCCUUCUCUGCUAAGAUCCGCUACACCGGCCCUGACGACCCUGACUUCCCCAACCUCAUCAAACUCACUGUCAACAUGCCGCACAUGGACGGCAUGUUACCGGUCAUCUCUACGAGGCCCCUGUCCAACUUCGAGCUGACCCUGUCUCCGGACGGCACGCGCGUGGGCAACCACAGGUGCUCCAACCUACUGGACUUCAACGAGAUCCAGACGGGCCACGGCUUCAUCACCGACGCCACCAAGAACCCCGAGAUCAUCGGCGAGACAUCGCCCUACCAGUACAGCGCCGACAUGCGCUCCACCAACAGCCUGAGAUUCUACAGGAACCUGAAUCUGGAGGCUUGUCUGUGGGAGUUUAAUAGUUACUACGACAUGUCCGAGCUGCUCACCACCUGUGGAGGUUCUAUCGGGACGGAUGGACAGGUGCUGAACCUGGUCCAGUCCUAUGUGACUCUGCGCGUGCCUCUCUAUGUGUCCUAUGUCUUCCACUCCCCCGUCGCCGUGGGAGGAUGGCAGCACUUUGACCUGCAGUCAGAGCUCAAGCUCACCUUUGUGUACGACACCGCCAUCUUGUGGCAGGACGGAAUCGGCAGCCCGCCGGAGGCUGAACUACAAGGAUCCAUGUACCCCACCAGCAUGAGGAUCAACGAGGAGGGACGUCUGGUGGUCAACUUCAAGACUGAGGCCCGCUUCAGGGGACAGUUUGUCAUGUCCCACCCAGGAACCACUCUGUCGUCCAUGGUGAUGUGUGCUGACCUCUCUGGCCUGACCUUCACCCUGGCCCUGAUCAGGACUGAGCCCACCUACAACCAGCCCAUGCAGCAGUGGAGCUUCGUCUCGGACUUCGCUGUGCGGGACUACUCUGGCACGUACACAGUGAAGAUGAUCCCCUGCAGUGCCUCUCCCAAUGGGGAGUUCAGCAUUCCCCCUGUGUGUCACCCACGAGAACCCCUCACCUUCCACAUGGACAUCCGCUUCCAGCAGGUGAGUGACCCUGUGGCGGCUGAGUUCAGUCUGAACACCCAGAUGUUCCUGCUGUCCAAAAGGGAGCUGUGGCUGUCAGACGGAUCCAUGGGCUUCGGAGAGAGCACCGACACAGCCUUCUCAGAGGGCUCCUCUAUAUACGGCCGUGUGAUGGUGGACCCUGUCCAGAACCUGGGUGACUCCUUCUCCUGCAGUAUAGAGAAGGUGUUCCUGUGUACAGGAGCUGACGGUUACGUCCCCAAGUACAACCCCACCAACAAGGAGUAUGGCUGCCUGGCCGACGCACCUUCACUGCUCUACAGAUUCAAGAUCCUGGACAAGGCUCAGCCAGAGACCCAGGCCACAGCGUUUGGAGAUGUGAUGUUUGGUGCCACUCUGGCCCUGGACACUCCUGGAGGCCUGCCUCUGGUCAGACAGCCUGGUUCAGACGGAUUCGCCCUGUCCUCCUCGCCUCUCUUCCAGGUGGCUGCAGGUCGGGAGUGGUUCAUCCACACCAUCUACACCGUCCGCUCCCGAGACAACGCCAACCGUGGCAUCGGCAAGCGCAGCCUGGAGUACCACCACAGCCUGUCCUCCGUGGCCGACCCUCAGCCCGACCUCCACACCUCCUCCCUGGGUCGCUACCGUCGUGCCGCCCCCACUCCGGACCUGGCCCAGGACAUCGGCACCGACAACAAUCGGGGAACCAACAUCCAGCACAUCGCUCUGGACCGCACGGACCGCCUGGUGGUGAGCCAGCGCCAGCCAUGGGGUGGACAUGACCGGGCUGGGUCGGACCGCGACUCACCCUUCCUGGAGCGCCCCCUCCUGGAGAGCUCCGGCAGGGAGCCUGUGGACACCUCCACCCUGCCCACGCUGGUAGGCCUGGCCGGGUUGAUCAUUCUCACCUGCCUGGUGGCCAUGGUGGUUAUUCUGCUGGUGCGGCGCAAGAGGAAGAACCAGAAGAAGAGCCAGUUCCCUCCCUACUCCACCUCGUCGUGCUCGGCCUACAGCGGAGGGAGUGGCAACAGCAGAGAGGGCAUGAUGGGUACUGGGAGCAGCAGCUUGGACAGCUCGGAGGUCUAGGCUCAUGACUAGAGACAGCCCUCCUACCAACACCACCCCGUCCCCGUGGCCUUCUGAUAAGACAUUGACAGUUGUCAACAGUUCCACCCUCUACCACUGCGGUGCCGUCUAAUGGCUCUAUCCAAUCCUUACCGCUGAAGCGCUAUAGAUUGCGUGAUAAAAAUGCAAAGGUCAUUUCCGAUUGAGCCGACAUAUGCGGCGUUUACCGUGAAUACAGUCUUCGCUAACUCGGGAACACUGGCUUUAAAUUUCAAUCGCGCUGUAACACUUGAACUUCAGCAAUACGGAUUGAAUAGAGCCCUAAAACAGGGCUAACCCUGCCUUCUGCUAGCACUGAAGACAGCACAGCCAGUUCGUGGGACAGUUGAUGUCAGUUGAUGUGUGUUGUGGGCCUAUAACCAGAGUAUGAAUGCAUGCAUGGCUGGCCAAGCCUGGAGAGAAAGUCAUGUGAGGAUCCAUGAACCCUCAAUGAAGUGUUUUCACCCCUUUUCCUGUGGUACAACAUGGGUUUUAGUCCCCCUCAACAACUCAAUUGUCAGAAAUCCAUUCAGGUGUGCUUUAGUUCAUGUGUCAAAUAUUAGGAGUCCCCAAGGGCUGAUGUUGUGGAGAAUACCCUUUCCAACUAUGCUAACUGCCAUAGCUGAACAUCCCAAUUAAAUCUUAAAAACAGUAAUUGCAUCUCCAGAAGGUAAAAGCAACUAAUUGUCCCCCUUGAUAGUGCAGAGCAGCUUUGAGGAGACUAUUCUGUCCUGUUUUCUUAAGAGAACUAGCCUAUCAUGUUAUUUUUGUUGUCGAUCGUUCAAUCCGUGUCAACUAAUAUUUGGUUUUUUUGAGUGCGAGAUAGAGAGCCAAGUGGAUCGAAUGUUGGGUUGUGUCGGUCCGGUCGAGGCUGGCUGUAUCAAAUGUGGUAAAUGUGUGUAUUUUCUAAUAUUGAUUGAUGCACUGCUAUGCUUUACAAAGCCCUCGGUAGUCAGCAGGUGUGCCCACUGCAGCAGAGCACAGACAUGGUGCUAUUCAAUGGGAUUGUGACGUUGUCCAUUUUAGUCAUUCACAAGUGCUUAAACUAUUCAUUCAGAAUGUUUUUAUAUAUUUUUGUUUCAGGUGAGGUUUAAAAAAUAAAAAUAAAUCACGUGUAUAUGUAUAUUGUAUAUUAUUAACUCUUAUAAGUCUGUGUACAUACCUGCAUGUAUAGGAUGUUCAAAGUCAACACAGGACAAUGCAAACAAGAAAGGUAUUAAUUACUAAACCCUGGUGCAACUUGAAGAAUAUGUUAACCCCACAUUUGAUGCCGUUUCUCAACUGAAGUAUGUGACCAUCUUGAUCUUAUGCAAGUGACAGUAUAAGUUAAUGGGUGCCAACUAGAAGGUAUAGAAAUUUGUCUCUGACCAAUUUAGAUCAAAUUGGUGACUUAUCAAUUUUGUGAUAAUUUCAAUCAAUUGUUUGAUGUCCUCCAACUUUAACUGCCAAAUACAAAUGUACUUUUCUGAA